AUGAGGUUUGUCCAAUAUAUUCCGACUGGAAUUCCAAACGAAGAUGGUGAGUUCCCGGGAAGGAACUAUACAGUUGGAAAAGUCAUACAACAACUGUAUGAUAUUAGGAAAGCUUCAAACCCCAAACUUGCAAUGACACUCAAAUUGCUUAUGAAUUCGACAUGGGGAUAUUCCAUUAAGAAACCUCAAGAGAUGAAGAGUAAACAUUAUGAGAAGGUCGACAACUUUGUUGAAAGGUUUUCUCCUUUUGUUUUGAAGUACGAAUUCACUCAAGGUCAAAGUGGCUUAGUAACCACAUUAAAACCUAUUGUCGAACAUUGGUCUUACCCUCAGUUCGCAAAAGCAGUCCUUGACAACUACAACAAAUUCUUCUCCGAGGUCAAAUCCAAAGUUGUGGUUUACUAUGAGAACAUUGACGCACUCAUGACGAACGAAGAAGGCUAUAACAAACUCAUUGAAAUGGGAAUGGUCGGUGAAAAGAUGGGCUGUUUUAAGCUAGAUAAGGUAUUUUCCGAAGUUCAUGUCCUCUCCAAGCGUAAGUAUUGGGGCAUACUUGAAGACGGCACAGAAAUAAAACAUUGCAUGAAGUAA